AUGAGCAUUCCGGUCCACUCGACUCCUCCUGAUGCCAGGACAACCUACAUCAUCGACCAGCUCGAGGGUGAGCGCGUCACGAUCCCUGGUAGCAAGGGUGUGUUCAGAAUUCUUGCUUCCUCAAAACAGACAAAUGGUGGCAUUGCUGUCUUCUCCAGCGGCGCGACCUUGUCUGAUGCGCCUGGAUUCCACUGGCACGCAGAAGCCCAUGACGUGUUCCUCGUGACCAAGGGUUUCUUGAAGCUCUGGAACGGCGACAAGUGCAGAGUCAUGGGCCCGGGUGACUUCGCCUAUGUUCCUCCUAAAGUUAUUCACAACCCCGAGCUUUUGGGCCCCCAUACUGAGACCCUGGGCUUGGUCGCCCCCGGUGACUGGGUUGACUUUUUCCGCUAUGUUGGAGAGACCUACAAGGGUGUCAUUGUGCCAGAAAACGAUAACCGAGACCUUAAGAGCCUGUUGAUUCCCAAGGUCAUGGCAGCAAAGGACAGGUUUGACGUAAACUUCGAGCGCAACUACACCCCUCCUGAGGUGGCAGAUUGGCAAGACUCCGAGAACGUCCUGCCUGGACCUUUGGAACCAUACUUCCUUCGCUCCAACACUGGUCCGAGAUAUAUCCUGGGUGGUGUCAUCUCGCGUCCGUUCAUCAACGCGUCGCAGUGCAGCGGCAAGUUCUCAAUCACGAGUCUUGAAUCGUCAAAGCUCUACGGGAACUCACCUCUGGCGAGGUGGAUUACGUUCCCGACGGUGGAUCACUGCUUCUGUGUCCAAGAGGGUGUCUUGAAGAUCAAGCUGAAGGAGUCAGGCACAUGGACUGAGGUCCGGGAAGGCCAGACGCUCCUGGUUGCUGCAGGACAGGCGUUCACUUUGGAGUUUGGCACCCGUUUUGUGAGGGCUAUUACUUUCACAAACGGCCCUGGUAUUGAGAACCUGAUCGAAAACGCCGGCGAGGCGUUUACUAGUUUCGUUUUGCCGGAAGAGAGUGUUGAGUGGAAGGAGGAGCGCAUUCAAGAGGCAGCUAAGGCUUUGGGUGUCGUGGUUGAGGCAUUGUAA